AUGAUUUUGAUCAAUUUUCAAUGUAGAUUUUUUAAAAAAAGUUAUUUCUUCUAUUAUUUAGCAUCAUUAUUGAAAAUCGCAAAAUUUUCUGGUCAUGGUUUUAUUUUAAACAAAUUAACAAAUCGACCAAUUACAAGUACAGAGGAAAGAAUUGAAAUUGAAUUUCAAACGGAACAAUCUAAUUCAAGUCUAUUCUUUGCAGGUAGUGAAACUCAAUUACUUCGUUUAGACAUUGUGAAUGGAUUACUGAGAAUAUUUCUUCAUUUACCAAUAAGUGAAGUUGAUGUAUCAAUCAAUUCAAUAGGAGAAAAUGAUGAAGGUAUACCAUCUCAUAUUCGACGAAAAAGUAAACUUUCAAGUUUAUUUCAAUUAGACACAAUUAUUCAAUCACAUCUAGAUCCAAUAUCACGAUUAGAUGAUAACCAAUGGCAUUAUAUAAUAGUGGAAAGAACAAACUCCAUGCUUAAAGUAUACAUAGACAAUGAUUUGGUAUUUACACGUUUAAUUCGUACAACUAAUCAAUACGUCUACAUACUGCAUACUCAAGUCCUUGUUUUAGGUGGACAAUAUAAACUUGGUGAUGUUUUUCAAUUGAAUUCAAUGAACAGUGAAUCUGAUAACAAUUUUAUUGGUUAUAUUUCAAAGGCUAUCUUUCAAGCAGAUGCAAUUGAAAUGAAUAUAUUACAGUUUACUUUAUCUAGUCUACAUGGUUUUCGAAUUCAAUCUAUGCUGAAUACAUCAAUUCCUUAUGAUAAUCAAUAUAAAAUGGUACCAAUUAACUUUGUAGACAUUUGUCAUUACCUUGAAAUUAUAAAUAAACCAAUUGAUAAAAAUUUAAUCAGUAACAAGUCAGAUAUAAUUAAUGAAAAUAAUUAUAUAACUUUAAAGCUUCCAGUGCCUACUAUUGUUGAUUUAUUGUAUACAUCUACUGAAUGUAAUCAUACUACUGAUAAAUAUAAUCAUAAUUCUAUUAUGGAUAAAUUAAGAUGGAUUCAUUUAAAAAUGGAUUUUAGUCUUAAGAAAGUGGAACAAUAUCAUCAUGGAUUAAUUUUCUUGUUACGAGAUGAUACAGAUAAUAGAAUGAAACAUUUUUCAUCAAUUAAUAAUAUACAUAAUAAUAAUAAUAAUAACAAUAAUAAGGAACAAUUAUCAAUGGAGUAUAAUUAUGAAUAUCCAUAUUUAGAUGGAAAUUUAUUCAUUGCUGGAGAAUAUCGUAAUACUACACUAUAUAUUAUAAUACAAAAGGAUAAAGAUAUAUGGUUUGAAGUACAAUAUUAUAAUUACAAUUCAGUAAAUUGGUUAUAUGAUAUUUAUAACACUAUAGAAAUAAAAUAUACUUUAAUUUGGUUAUCUGAUAAGGACAAUAAUAAUAAUAAUAAUAAUAAUAAUCAUAUAAAAACAGUAUGGCCAUUAGUAAAAUUAUAUAAUUACAAUAUAAAAAAAUGGAUUACAAUUGGUUGGAAAAAUAAAACUUUAGAUGUAAUAAAUUUUGAAGAAGAAUUUCAAUUAUUACAUAAUUUUCAGAUUUUAGAUAAUAUUUAUAAAAUAAUUUGGGAAAAUACACUAUGGUUUGGUCGAACAUUAUAUUUAAAUGGUAUGAAUUAUACUCAGACUAUUGAAAAUGGACUAUUUAUUCCAAGUAUUCAUAAUAUAAAUGGAAUACAUCAAUAUUUUCAAGGUAAAAUUCUUAGGUUAUCUGUAAAUGGUUUACUUUUGAAUUUACAAUCAGCUAUUCAAGCACGUUCUCGUUAUUUACAAAGUAUUCAUCAUGAGAAAAUAAGUCAAGCAGCCAAUGAAUUGUAUUCACCUUCUGUAUGGAAGAAUAAUUCUUAUUCACAGAUGAAUUUAGGAAUUUGUUGCUCAAAUCAACUAUCAUGUUCAAAAUAUGUGCCAAAUCAAUGGGGAUGGAAACUAAUAGAUUUAUGUCGUUGUCAUUCAACACAUUUCCAAAUGUUAAACCUUCAAAAUGGUACACGAAUGAUGUACUUCAAUGGAUUACAGACAGUACGUCUACAAUUCCCCGUUCAACAGUAUUCCCCAUUACUAUGGAUUCAGUUUAUGCUUCAAACAAGCCAUUUGAAUGGAACACUUUUGUAUACUAAACCUGAGUCACAAUAUGAAGAUUCGAUUAUUUACAAUUUAAUCAGUACAAAUGGAGAAAGAAAACAGUUGUUAGAUUAUAAAAGAAAGUUAUAUUUUCAUCAUUUAUCUCUUUAUCAACAGCAGAAAGAAUCUCUGAGAAAUGAGUAUGACUUUUUCGGUACAAGUUAUCAACAAUUUCAGAUAGUAACUUCAAAUGGGCAUAUCCAUUUAAAGUAUUUUGUUGAUAAAAAGAAAGAGGUAAUAGAAUUACCGAUGUAUAUAUCUGAUGGAAAAUGGCAUUAUUUUGAAAUGAUACAAAACAAUUCACAUAUGAUUAUUCACUUAGAUCAAAAUAUAUUUCAUUAUAGAAUAAAUUUAACCAUUUCCAGGUUACCUAUUCAACAAAUAAUUAUUGGAUCAGCUAACACACAGCAGUCAUCCUCAGUGUUGACAAAUCCAAAGAGUAGUAAUCAAAUCACUGGUUACACUGGAGGAAUUGCAUACCUGUUAUACAAUGGUAUGGAUGUUGUAACACACAAUACAAAGCGAAUAACUCAAUGUUACUAUAAUGAAAGCAAACAAGAUAUAGACUUUCAAUAUUCAUUGAAUAAAUGGAUAAUAGAAUUCAAUGCUCAAUUGUUACAAUAUAACACAGAAAUGAAGCCAAUUAAUUAUGAUUAUCCGAUUCGUUUUAAACAGUCAAAAUGUUACCUCUCAUUGUUCAAUCAUUCAAUGGAUUCACAGUUAUCCAUUAAGUUUUCGUUUAAAUCAUUUGUUGAUCAAGGUAUACUAUUAUUUAUUUCAAAUAAAUAUCAAAAUGACAGUUUUUUACUCAUUGAAUUAUUCAAUGGUCACAUCCAUUUCAGUGUAUAUUUUAAUAUGAAAGUGUUAACAAAAACCACAAUGGAAUCACAAAUAUACUACAAUGAUACAAAAUGGCAUACAGUUGAAGUUUUCAGACCAAAUAAACAGAAAAAUAUAUUUUCGCUUCGAACAAAUACACAAAUGUCAAUGGAUACAUUCUCUGAGAUACAGUUACCUGAACACUUCAAUAUAGAUCAAUACAUUUCAAGUUCUGUCAUCAAUAUUGGAGGAUGUUCAUCAUCGGAUUAUAUAAGAUUUAGAAAAAAUAUUAAUUCUAGAAGAGGUUUUCAGGGUUGUAUAGCAAAUUUUCAGUUAAGUCAUAAGCCUACCAUUAAUCUUCUACAAUCAGCUCAAAUACUUCCAAAUCUUAAUUGUAUUGAUCAGAUAGUUCCAAACUGUGAGCUGCAUACAUUUGGUUGUGCUUUGAUGCACAAAAGUAAUGCUUACUCGUAUAAAUCCAAUUUUUAUAAUUUGGAAACUCAUGUAGAAGGAGAUGAAGAAGAAGUAGCAGAAGAGACAUUUAAUGAACAUAUGUGUUACAAUGAUGGAAAAUGCUUUCAAGUAUUGAACAAAUUUUAUUGUGUAUGUGAUCUAACAACAUUUCAAGGUCAUCAGUGUAAUGAAGUAGGUACAACUUUACACUUUGGUAAAGUUAAUUCAUUUAUGAAAUCCUUAAAUCUAAAUGAAACUUUAAUGGAAUUAGACCAAGUUGCUGGUUUUGUACACUUUCAAAUUGAAUCAAAUCAUAUACCAAAGACAUUAAACCCCGUCAAUACUGAUAUAUUAAUUGAAAUAUUCAGUUUAGGUAUACAACUUGAAUUACUCAUGACAGAGAUUGCUGAUCAAGUUAAGGUAUCCAGUGAUUAUGUAACUUUACUGUAUGCAUCUACUGGUGAAAAUAUUGAUUUGACAUACCUUCAUGUAUAUCUGGAACAAGGAUAUUUGAAGAUGAAAUUUCAUUUGGAUGGUUCAAUGAUUGUUAUUGAUGGUCCAAAAGUAUAUUUAUAUGAUGGAUAUUAUCAUAGAAUUCGUGGAAUGCGAUCAAGUAAUCAAGUUCUCCUUGAAGUGGAUCAAUAUCAUACCACUUAUAGAUUGUACAAUGAAUUCAAUUCACUAUUGAACAUUCAAGAUAUUUGGUUGGGACAUUCCCCACUAGCCAAUCGAUCAGACUUUAUCAGAGGCUACUUAAUAGGAGUUUAUUACAAUGGACUGAAACUGACAGACCUUGCUGCAGGUUUAAAGUAUCUUACCUUUGUCAAAGUCACACGAUAUUCACAUGUAGAUCAUAUUAAUAAACUACAAUUGAAACUAGGACCAAAUAGUCCUUUUUAUACAGAAUCUAGUCCACGGAAAGUAAAUAAACAGAUGUUAUCAAAAUCUUCAUCAACUUCAUACAUUGUUCCAAUGGAUUCAAUUCAGGAUUCAAUUCCAUUUAAUCUAAGUAAAGAAAUUUGUUCAUCAUGUAUCAUUAAAAAAGAUUAUUAUUGGAGUCAAACAACCCUAUCAUCUAAUUCAAAAGCAUUUGUAAACUCACAAUUUUAUAGUAGACAAUUCAUAUAUUGGUUAUUUAUAUGUUUAAUUUUAACAGGUUUAUUAUUAAUUACUUCUUUCGGAUUUCUUAUUUAUCGUUGUACUCAUCAACAAAAUCUUAUACAAUAUAAUGAUGAGCAUAUUCAUCAUAAUGAACAAUUGAAUAUAAUGAGUGAAAUAAAUUUACUACAAUCACAAUCACAAAAUGAUCCAAUCACUAGUUAUCAAGAUAAACAGAAAUAUAACCAACAAGAUAAUAAUAAUAAUAAUAAUAAUAAUAAUAAUAAUAAUAAUAGUCAUUUAAGUGUUCAAGAUAAUCUGACCUAUUCUCCUCUUCAUGAAUAUUCUAAUGAAAAUAAACUUAGUACAAGUUAUAAAUCAACUGGUCAAAAUACUACUAAUCAACAUGAUAAACGUUUGUCAACAAUAAUAUUAUCAAGUCUAGAUAAUAAAAAUCUUUUAUCACGUCUAUCUGAAAAUAAAUUUCAUCAAGAUGUAUUCAAUAAAGAUGAAAAUGUAUUCAGUUUAUCAAGAAUAAAAAAUCAACAAUCAUUCUUGAAAAAUAGUAAUUACUUCACUUAUAAUCCGCGUAAACAUAGAUCGAACUUAACUGAUUCUACAUUUGUACAGAAUAAACAAGCUAUAUAGACAAUUAAUUCCUUUUAUAUAGCUUCGAUAUGACAAUAAGAAGACGUAAAUUGUCUAAUGUAAUGUAAUGUAUAUUUGUGUAACACAUUUCGAACUAUCUAAUCACACACACACACACUUGUCAUAGGUAUUUAUAUAAAACUUUAUGAAGGGAUAAAGGGUAAGAAUAGGAAGGUUGAAUAAUGAAUAGGGUGAAAAAUAAUAGUACAUAGAUAGUUGAACAUAUAAAGGUGGUUUGAACUUCCUAAUAGCUAUGACCUUAACACAUUUAAAGAAGAGGAAGUAACCAUACCAAUCCUAUGACCUGUCUCAACGACAUGUUUGACAAUCGAAAAACUUGAAUGUCUGCUACCAAUAUUUAUGGGUUCAGGUGAUUUAAUUUACUUCUGAAAUCACUUUAGAGUAUGUUCUGAGAAUUUUACUUCUGAAGCAACCUAUAAAUGUUGGUAGUAGACUUUCAAGUUUAUCGAUUGUCAAACAAAUCGUUAAGACACGUCACAGAAUUGAUAAUGACUACUUCCUUUACAUCUUUAUUUACAAAACAUGUUAGGGACGGAUCCUUAGGAAGUUCAAACCACCUUUAUAUGUUCAUAUACAAUUUGUUGUGCCAUUGGUAAAUUCAACUAUCGAUGUACUAUUAUUUCUCACCCUAUUGAUUAUUCAACUUUCCUACUCGACCUCUUUUCCUAUUCUCACCCUUUAUCCCUUCAUGAAGUUUUAUAUAAAUACCUAUGACAAGUGUACGUGUACGUGUGUGUGUGUGUGUGUGUAUGAUCAGAUAGUUCGAAAUGUGUUACACAAAUAUACAUUACACGGGGUUUAGACAAUUCUCUUAUCGAAGCUAUAUAAAAGUAAAUAUUAUUUAUUUAUAAAGUGUAAACUCUUUACCAAUAUGUAGAGAUCAGUUUUCUUUUACAAUGACAUUGAAUGAUACAUUGUUGAAAUAAUGAGCAUAGUCAAAAUGACAUUCAGAUGUAGAUUUGUGUAAUGUCACAAACAGCAUUGUUUCAAAUGGAAGUCUAGUCCAAGCUUCUUCAUGGAAAUAAUCAAAAUUAAUACAUCAAGGAUAUAUGUAAAUGAAUCUAAAAUCAAUAUAUAUUUAAUUACUGAAUGACUAUAAUGUCACCACUGAUCUGAUAUUUAUAAUCAAGACAAAUAUGAAUUGCAGUACAUAUAUACAUACAUAUACUAUACAAUAAAAGACAUACAAUUUCAUAUUGAAUGAUUAGUUAUCAUAAUGUACAAAGACAAUAACUAUACAAAGAGGAUUGAACAAGGAGAUGAAAUACACCUUGUUUUUUUUGGAUUCAUUUGUAUAUAUCCUUCAUGCUUUAAAUUUUGAUUAUUUUCCUCAAGAAGCUAAGACCAGACUUCAGUAUGAUUUCCAACUCAUUCACAAAUAUACAAUCUAUAUCUGAAUGUUAACUUUCUCUAUUCAUAGUGGAAUAUUUACUAUACUAUCCAAUUAAACCUUGAUCAUAGUUUAUAUAAAUAGUCGAAAUGAAUAUUAUGAAAAAGAAAUAUUUGAUGAGAAUAUUGUAAAAGAACAAAUGAUUAUUAAUCAAGCGUGUACAUUUCUGUUGACUUUUUUUUUCUCCUUCUUUUCGAUGAUGAAUACUACCUGUUUUGUUUUGUUUUAAUGUUCUUAAGUUGUCGUCUAUACUCUCAUAAUCCGAUUUAUUUAUUUUUCAAGCAUUCUACUCUGUUUUAUUCUAUUCAUAGGUGUAUAUUCAACACUAUGUUAAGUCCUUUGUUUUAUUGUCUUUAUUAUGUAUAAAUAUCUUGUUAUAGCAUAAAUUAUUUCAGUUAUCUAAUGGUAAUCAAAUGUCUUCUCUGAUUCACUUAGAGAUUAAUAAAAGUUUAU